CCGGCACUACCGCUCCCCUCAUCUGUAAACAAACAUGGCGGCGGGCGAUGGCGGCCUCCGCGGGCGGCCCUGAGGCUCUGUGAGCGCCGGUGUCCGCCGGGGCUGCGGGCGGGCGGCUCCGCCUGCUCCUCGGGCAGGGGCUGCGGCGAGGGGGAUCGGGACUGGCGGCACACAUGGAUGACAGCAAGGUGGUUGGAGGCAAGGUAAAGAAACCAGGCAAACGAGGUCGUAAACCAGCCAAAAUAGACUUGAAGGCAAAACUUGAAAGAAGUCGUCAGAGCGCAAGAGAGUGCAGAGCCAGGAAGAAGCUGAGGUACCAGUACCUGGAAGAGCUGGUUUCAAGCAGAGAGCGAGCCAUCUGUGCUCUCAGAGAAGAGCUUGAAAUGUACAAGCAGUGGUGCAUGGCCAUGGACCAAGGGAAAAUCCCCUCGGAAAUAAAAGCCCUGCUAACUGGAGAGGAGCAAGGCAAAGCACAGCAGAACUCAACCAAACUUGCCAAGGCUGCAAAGACAGAGGCAAACAGCAGCAAUCCCUGAGGCCGAUGGAGAACCUUCCACAGUGCAGCAGAGGUGGCUUGGGAGCUGGCAGGAGGAAGAUGCUGUUCUGAAGACUGGAUGCAUCCCCAGGUGCAAGGGAAAGGAUCCCAGUCUGUUCUCUUCUCUUUGCUCCUCCCCACAUGAAAUUCUUUGAUUAUGGUGUU